UGUGCACGCCUGCACCACAGCCCACUCUAAAGAACCACCCUCAAAUGCGCAGUUAAGUGGUUGAAGGCUGCUUUCCUUCCUCCUGCCCUCCCACCCCCUUCUUCCAUUCUUCCGCAUCAACGCUACCACCACCACCAUCACUUAGAGAGAGAGAGAGAGGGGGGGGGGGAUGGGGAAUUGUCAGGCGACGGAGGCGGCGACGGUGGUGAUCCAGCAUCCGGGAGGGAGGGUGGAGAGGCUCUAUUGGCCGACGAGCGCGGAGCAAGUCAUGCGAAGCAACCCGGGUCACUACGUGGCCCUCGUCACGCUCUGCGUCUCCAAGGAGCAGCGCGAGGGCGAAGACAGCGUGCGCCUAACUCGCGUGAGGCUCCUCAAGCCCAAGGACACGCUCCUGUUCGGCCAAGUCUAUCGACUCAUCACUUCACAAGAGGUCACCAAGGCUAUUCGGGCAAGGAAGUACGAGAAGAUGAAGAAGACCCAGUCCGAGUUGAUCAAGAAACAGCAGCAGGAGCAGCAGAGGCUGGAGCAGCUGCAGAGUAGAACAGACGGUCAUGAGGAAGUUCUUGAUGGGGAAAGACAGCCUGAUUCAGAGAGUAUAAAUCAGGUGGCAAAGCUGGAGAGAGAGCGACAGAAGAGCAGCACACAGUCGGCCGGGAGGGCCAGACAGUGGCGUCCUUCACUGCAGAGCAUAUCUGAAGUUGGAAGCUGAUAAAAAGCUUAAGCUUCUCAUGCUGUUGUUAUAAUGAAAAGACCAGAAUGGAUGGACUUUCCAAUAGGUUGUCAGUCAUGAGAUGGUUAGUUCCCAUGGUUGGUGUGGUAAAAGAUUCUCCGCAUGCCUCAAAAUGAAGAAAUUCGCAUUGGAAGUAAUACUGCAGGAAAAAAUAACAACAAAAGGAAAGUCCCUGUAAAGACUUGCAUAACGUUUCGUGAUGUAAUCACCAGAGUAUCGGAAAUGAAGUUAGGUUUCCCCUCGUACUAUUCUGGAAAUCAUGAUACAGAACAAUAUUAUGAUACUGUACAUACUCUUUUCAUCCCUAUUAAAAAGCAAACCCCAAUUAGUUUA